AUGGCGAUCACAGGCAGCGGAUCUCCGGCAGCCCUUCUCGUUUUAUUCUCGAUCUCGGCGGCUGUUCUUAAAGGAGCAGCUCAGUACCCAGUCCAAAGUCAAAACUUGGUUACGGACAACGUGUCAGUGGUAGAGGGAGAGACGGCCACAAUCAGCUGUCGAGUCAAAAACAACGAUGAUUCCGUCAUUCAGCUCCUUAACCCUAACAGACAGACCAUCUACUUUAGAGACGUCAGACCCCUGAAAGAUUCCCGUUUUAAUCUGGUGAACUUCUCGGACAACGAGCUGCGUGUGGCGCUGUCUAAUGUGUCACUGUCAGAUGAGGGCAGAUACGUCUGUCAACUAUAUACCGACCCACCCCAGGAGGCCUACGCUGACAUCGCUGUCCUCAUCCCACCCAGUAACCCCAUCAUCGAGUCUCGUGAGGAAAUUGUGAGCGAAGGCAACGAGACGGUGAUGACCUGCGCGGCUGUGGGUGGGAAACCUGCCCCCACCAUCAGAUGGAUGAAAGGAGACAAAGAGCUGCAAGGCCAGUCUAAAGUGGAGGCCACAUACGACAGGAUGUUUACGGUGACGAGCUCUCUGCGAUUCACCGUGACCAGGGAAGACGACGGCAUGCCCGUGGUGUGUAUAGUGGAACAUCCUGCCGUGAAGGAUUUCCAGGCGCAGAAAUACCUGGAAGUACAAUAUAAACCAGAGGUGAAGAUUGUGGUGGAAUUCCCUGCAGGCCUGACCAGAGAGGGUGAGAACCUGGAGCUGACCUGCAAAGCCAAAGGCAAACCAGAGCCUCAGCAAGUGAACUGGGUGAAGGUGGACGAUGAUGUGCCUGCUCAUGCUGUCAUCGCUGGCACUGAUCUGUAUAUCGAAAAUCUCAACAAGUCCUACAACGGCACGUACCGCUGCGUCGCCUCCAAUUCUGUAGGCGAGUCGUAUGAUGACUACAUCCUCUACGUUUAUGAUUCCAGAGCAGGUACCAACUCCCAGCAGACAGUGGACCACGCUGUCAUCGGAGGGGUGGUAGCCGUGGUGGUGUUUGCUGUACUCUGCCUUCUCAUCGUUAUGGGACGAUACUUUGCCAGACACAAAGGAACUUAUUUCACACAUGAAGCUAAAGGAGCAGACGAUGCAGCUGAUGCCGACACGGCCAUUAUCAAUGCAGAGGGUGGACACAACAACUCGGAUGAGAAAAAGGAGUACUAUAUCUAA